AUGGCAUCCUAUGCAAGAAAAAACAAAGGUGGAAACCCCAGUGGUAAUACCCAGGUCAACAGCGAACCACGUACUACGGAAAUACCACAAUCACCCGUUGGUAAACCAUCCAGGAUGGAAGGAAAUUUAUUGGGCGAUUCAAAGCAGAUACUACUGGAAAGCAACAGAACUGAAACGGCGAACUACACGAGAAACUGCCACAUCCGUGCUUGUACCAAAUGGUAA